AUGCAUAAUGAUGCUGAAAUAGCUGACAGUGGGAAACCUGAAAUAAUUGAAUAUAUAAUCGUACCAAAGGUGGUGUUGAUCGAAUGGACACAAAUGUUUGCGGAAUAUCCAACACAAAGACAAACAAAACUAUGGCCACUAGCGAUGUUCUUCAACAUGUUGGACAUUACAGCUCUUGCAGCCUACAUUGUCUACGAUUUGAAUAACCCUAUGUUGCCUUGGAGAACAAACAACAAGCGUAAGCAGAUCCUGCGCAGCUUGGCUGAAGCAUUGUGUAUGCCCAUUAUUGAAGCCAGAGCCAUAAAUCGUCAAGUGACGCGAAAUUUUUCGACUAAAAUUGCUAUUGAAGCAUAUUUCAACCGACCGGUGGAAUCAAAGGUGUCAACAGCAGCAUCAACAUCUGCCGCAGCGCGCACGCCAAAACCUGUGUCCGGAUCUUGCUAUUUAUGUUACGCACAAGAGGAAAAACGCCGUAGAAAAACCAGAAAGCUGUGCGACAAAUGUAAGAAGCCAAUGUGUCUUGAACAUUCGGUCACAUCAACAAAUUGCUCUAUUUGCCAUGAUUUUCCUUAG